CCUUGGUUGCUUUUCCGAGCUAUCAGUGACCCCUUCGAGUGAAAUCGGAAGUCGAGGAGACAGCGUUAGAGUUGGAAGUUGCGGUUUGCUGCCGCCCGUGAAGGUCUCUGCACGGCCUUGGGUUUGCAGCUGAACAUGGCAGACAGCAAAUAUUUUACCACCACAAAGAAGGGAGAGAUUGCGGAGCUGCGGACUGACCUGGCGUCAGAGAAGAAGGACAAAAAGAAGGAUGCCGUAAAGAAAGUCAUUGCCAACAUGACAGUUGGCAAGGAUGUGUCCUGUCUGUUUCCAGACGUAAUAAACUGUAUGCAAACGGAGAACGCUGAGUUGAAGAAGCUAGUUUAUUUGUACUUGACUAACUAUGCCAAGGCGCAACCAGACCAUGCCAUCAUGGCUGUGAACACAUUUGUCAAGGACUGUGACGAUCCCAAUCCGCUGAUUCGAGCACUGGCUGUGAGAACCAUGGGCUGCAUACGCGUGGACAAGAUCACCGAGUACCUUUGUGAGCCGCUGCGGAAAUGCCUGAAGGACGAGGACCCGUAUGUCCGUAAAACAGCAGCAGUGUGUGUGGCAAAGUUACAUGAUAUCAACGCAGAUCUGGUUGAAGAUCAAGGUUUUCUGGAUUCUCUGCGUGAUUUGGUAGCUGAUGACAAUCCCAUGGUAGUGUCCAACACGAUUGCUGCACUGACAGAAAUUUCUGAAACGCAUCCCACGUCUGCCGGUGAUCUGCAGCUAACUCCUGCCACGGUGAACAAGCUGCUGACGGCGGUGAACGAGUGUUCCGAAUGGGGUCAGAUCUUCAUCCUGGACUGCCUGGCGCGCUAUGUGCCCAGGGACACACGCGAAGCACGCAGCACAGCCGACCGCGUGACUGCUCGCCUCUCCCAUGCUAACUCGGGUGUCGUUCUCUCCUCGAUGCGCCUGCUGCUGCGUCUGGUGGGCUUCCUGGACGGCGAGGAAGACUACAUCAAGACCCUGCUGCAGAAGAUGGCACCUCCGCUGGUCACCAUGCUCUCUAGCGAGCCUGAAAUCCAGUAUGUCGGCCUGCGUAACAUAAACCUUAUUGUGCAGAAGUACGGCGACAUUCUGGAGAACGACAUCAAGGUGUUCUUCGUCAAGUACAAUGACCCGAUCUACGUCAAGCUGGAGAAGCUGGACAUCAUGAUUCGCUUGACAACUGAGAAGAACAUUACUCACGUCCUGCCUGAGCUGAAGGAGUAUGCAGCUGAGGUCGAUGUCGACUUUGUGCGUAAAGCCGUGCGCGCCAUCGGCCGCUGUGCCAUCAAAGUAGUGUCGCAGGCAGAACGCUGUGUCCAGACCCUCGUGGAGCUCAUCUCCACCAAGGUCAACUACGUCGUCCAGGAAGCCAUUGUUGUCAUCAAAGACAUCUUCCGGAAGUAUCCGAAUCGCUACGAGAACAUCAUUUCAGUCCUAUGCGAGAACCUGGACUCCUUGGAUGAGCCUGAAGCCCGAGCCUCGAUGAUCUGGAUUCUUGGAGAGUAUGCAGAGAGAAUUGACAAUGCGCACGAGCUGCUACGAGUGUUCAUUGACAAUUUCAACGACGAGAUCCCGCAGGUACAGCUGCAGCUGCUCACAUCUGCCGUCAAGCUGUUCCUGUUACGGCCGGCUGACGGGCAGGAUAUCGUACAGAGCCUUCUGAGCACGGCGACGCAGGACAGUGACAAUCCUGACUUGCGAGACCGAGCGUACAUCUACUGGCGCUUGCUGUCCACCGAUCCCGUUGCAGCCAAGGAAGUCGUUCUCUCUGAAAAGCCACUGAUUAGCGAAGAAACCGACUUGCUGGAGCCCAGCCUGCUGGAGGAGUUGCUCUCGCAGAUACCCAGCCUGGCAUCGGUCUAUCACAAGCCUCCGAGCACGUUUGUCGAGGGUAGAGUGCCACUUCAGUUCUUCCCGCACUCCAUGACCACGGCCACAGCGGACACCGUCUCUGAGCCAGACCCUACGGUAGAGUCAGCUGCACCGGCCACUUCUGCUGGUGAGUCGGCUGUUGCUGACACCGGAAAUGUCGGAACCGUCCUGGAUCUCGGCACUCCAGCUCCCACCAACACCGGACAUGCUGAGCCAUCAGGAGCUCCCAUCGUUGACCUGCUUGGUGAUCUUACUGAUCUCUCCCUCACACACCUCGCAUACGAAGCACCCAAGGCUGUCUGGCUACAAGGAGCAAAGAGCCAGGGCAUGGAAAUCUCAGGCACGUUUGCUCGCCGCCACGGCCAGCUCUUCAUGGAUUUGACAAUCACGAAUCAGGCAAUGUCGGCUUUCGGCAACCUGGCCAUCCAAUACAACCGCAACUCGUUUGGUAUCGCCCCGGCAUCACUGCUGGAGGUCAAUAUUGUCCCACCGUGUCAGUCAGUCGCUACCUCUCUGCCUCUCAACUUCAGCGGCCAAGUUGGCAGAAUGGAUCCACUCAAUCUGCUUCAUGUAGCUGUGAAGAACAACAUUGGCAUCUACUACUUCACCUGUCUCGUUCCUUUCCACGUCCUUUUCGUGGAAGGUGGCAACAUGGAGCGCAAGGCCUUCCUAUCUACGUGGAAGGAGAUCCCUGGCUCAUCCGAGGUGCAAAGUGUUAUUACUGGUGUCAAUGCUGAUGCCGUGCGCUGUGAAGCACACCUGCAGCGCAGUAACGUAUUCGCUGUAGCCAAGCGGAGUGUGGAGAACUACCAGCUGCUCUACCUCUCUGCUCAGCUCACCAAUGGCAUUUGGAUCUUGGCCGAGCUCAAGUUUAGCCCGGGCUCCUCCACUGUCAACCUGGCCUUGAAAACACGGACUUUAGAUAUCGUACCUGGUGUGCAGGAAGCGUUCGCUGGUAUCAUGCGCUCAGUUUAACCCCGAGCCUUUUGUAUAUCUCCUCAAACCCUUGUUGAAUUGUUCCUAACUUUUAUGCUGUGGCUUUUUUGGUUUUCUUGGCCUGGCCUUGUCAACACUUAAUUUUUUCAAGUCCUCAUCAAAAUGUUUAUUCAUUUUUACUCCAGUGCAAACUUUCAUGAAAAUAUUCAGACGAAAAUAUUACAAUACAAUGGGGUUGAAUUUUG